CCCUGGAUAGCGCGGAUUAGUUACUGACCCAGUCUCCAUCUUUAAGGGAAGAAAACAACUUUCAAGAUUUUGAUAGCUUAGGGCCGGGGUAACCCAGCAGCCAUGUCAUCUGAAAACAAGAAUAAGCCCAACGACCCCAAGAAUGAGCCCAAGCACUGCGACCCCAGGUGUGAACAAAAGUGUGAGUCCAAAUGCCAGCCCAGCUGUUUAAAGAAGCUGCUGCAACGAUGCUCAGAAAAGUGCCCACAGGAGAAGUGUCCUCCACCGCCAAAGUGCCCGCCGUGCCCCCCACCGUGCCCCCCACCACCGUGCCCCCCACCGCCGUGCCCCCCUCCACCGUGCCCACCCCAGCCGUGUCCUCCCAAACCCUGCUCCAAAUCCUGCCCGUCUAAGUGCCCCCCUGCCUGCCCACCUCCAGAGUGAGGCACCAUGGCAGCCCCCGCCCUACCACCGUGUCCAACACCUGGAACUGACUCCAUGACCUGACAAGUAAAGGUG